AUGAAUGAAACAUGCGAGAUAGGCCAUGACAUCGACACAGAUCACAACAAUAUAGUCCUCGGGGGCAGUAAUAUAGGAAUAAAACAUGUUAGGCAAAUGAAGAAGCAUCUCAAACCGGAUAUUGUAUCUCCUGAUCUAUGUGAGGACUAUAACCUUGGAAGAGGUUGCGAUCAAUACGAAUGCCUCAAGAUGCACAUUUGUGCGGAAUUCAUCCAGGGAACUUGUGGUGGUUGUGGAUUGAAUCAUGACCUUCUGAGCGGACAGUGUAAAACGUUACUCAAUAAAACUAAUAUCAAUCUCCGCCGAACAAGAAGGGAAUUGAAGAUGUGCAUACAACAGAAAUGUGACAAUAUACAGCAUAUUGUGAGAGCACUUGAGGACACCAAGAAAAACAUGAAUCAAGAUGAUGAGGGCGAUCUAAGGACAUCACAACCACAUCAGGCAGACUUUGAAAUGAAGUCAAGACUCUGGAAACCCAAACCUGCACCACGUCGUCGUCAAACUCUGAAUGAGACCAUUAUCGUCGAUGCAAUGAAAUUGGCAAAUGAACCUGAGUUUGAAAGAUUGAAGGAAGAGGUUCGUCUGGCUGAGAAAAUGAAGGAGUUUUGUGACACAAAAGAUGGAUACAUAUAUGAACUACAGCCGAUGAAAACGAAGGGCGACUUUAAGAAUCGCGUGCAAAAACAGGAGAUCGGCAACAGAAGUCCUGAGGACGGAGUAGGAAAGGUUCUCAUGCUCGUCGGAACCACAGGGGCAGGAAAGAGUACCCUCAUCCAUGGAUUCGCGAAUUACGCCUAUGGAGUGAAGUGGACCGACGAUUUCCGCUUCAAACUGGCUUGUGACGAGGAAAAAACGGGGAAGACUGAAGCCCAUAGUCAGACCAAGUGGAUCUCAGCAUAUGUUCUAACUAAGCAGCAAGGAAUGGCUUUUCCCUACACCUUGACAGUCAUUGAUACUCCAGGAUUUGGCGAUACUGAAGGAAUAAAAAAAGAUGAUGAGCUGAAGAAUCAGAUCCGGGAGUUCUUCUCUCAUGACGGACACUUGGGAGUUGACCAACUUGAUGGAAUUGGCUUCGUAGUCCAAUCUUCCCAAGCCAGGCUCACGCCCACACAAAAGUACGUGUUUGAUUGUGUACUGUCAGUGUUUGGAAACGAUGUCAAAGACAACAUUUUCCUGCUGGCAAAUUUUUCCGAUAAUCAGACGCCGCCAGUGAUGAUCGCCGUAAAAGAGGGAAACAUUCCAUGCCGAAAGAUGUUCAAAUUUAACAAUUCCGCUUUAUUUGUUCAAAACAAAGAAGACGAAUUUGGUAAAGCAUAUUGGAAAAUGGGAAUUACAAGCUUCAAGGAAUUCUUUCGGGAAUUAGAAAACACUAAUGCAGUGAGCCUGACGUUAACGAAGGAAGUUUUGAAUGAACGGCGCGCCUUGGAGGAAACGCUCCAGAGCAUCAAGUCUCAAUUGGAUGCAGCUCUGGAUCGAUUGGAACUAUUGAGGGAAGCUCAUGCAGCAGUGAGGCAUCACGGAGGGCAGCAGUUGAACGUAUAUGCAAGCUCGGUCUCUUCAGAGGAAGAGGAAGAAGAAGCAGACAAUUCCAGAGCCAGAUGUUCCCAUCCAAAUCGUACGAUCCAUUCGUACGAUGAACGUGUUCUUAAAAAACUAACGAAAGGCUUCAAUCAAAACAGAGAAUUAGUUUUACAACUAACAAAACAGGCGCAUGCAUGCAAGCGCAGGCUUGAUGAAAUAGCUUUGAAGCCCGACCCUUUGGAAUUCACAGAUUACAUCGAUAUAUUGAUAUCUAACGAGAAAUAUGACAAGCAACCUGGCAGCAGCCAGAGGAUCAAGUAUCUUCAAGCAGCACGCGAGAAUGCGGAAUUUGCGAUGGAACUUCAGAGCUUCAACCCAUCCGAUGUGCUUGAUGAACUGGAUAUUGGUCAUUUUGAUCCACCAAACUCAGCAGAUUCUGAUGUCCACUAUAAGCCUCAAAAAUGGUGGGACAAAUUAUGGACAUUACUUCCAGGCUCUCACAGGAAGAAAAAAAUGUAAAGUACAUUUUUGGUCUGAAAAGAUUAAUUUUCGUGGAGGGACACCUUACAUCAUUCCAUAUUCUAAUUAAUUCAAGCAUGACUUCAUAGCCGUUGAAUCUUGGAGCUUGGAAUUAGCAGCUGAAAACUUUGCAAAAAUGAGGUCUUCCGUACCAGCAAUAAUAUCCACAUAUACAUUAAAACGCAAAAAUUAUUUCAUAAUGCUGCAUAUAGUUGAGAAAGAGAAAACGAUUUUGCUUUUUUUAUACUUGCAACACAAAAACAAUAUUCCUCAUGACAGGCAUCAAGAACACUAAAUCCCUCCAAAAGCAGACUGAAGCCCUAUUUUAUUAUCGACUUUCAAAAGGGCACCCUACAGAUCUGUGGGACAAAAUGCCCACAAAACUGUAUGGUUCCCUUUUAAAAAAAAGGCGCUCUUCAAGUAAUAUUUGAAUCGCGGUUUUACCGUCAUACGCAAAAAAUGAACAAAGAUUUCAAUGGAGUGUCCCGAUCGAACUUGAAGAGUUUCUCUCAUGGAACAAUUCUAUGUUCCCAUCGUUGUUGUUUGGAGCAAGAAACCACUGGUCACCUCAUCGUUUGGGUAAUAUAGU